CUCGAACGCCCCAUGCCCGUCGCCGAUGACAUUUCUUCCCAGCCUUGUCUUCAGCAUCUCUGACGAGAACCAUUCCAAGCAACGACUCCUCCGGCUCCCGCUUCCUGCGCACCCCGCGGGGCAGUUUCUGGUACAGUGGUACUCGAGCUCCUCGACAAAAGUCAGUAACGACUGGUCGCAAGCCAAUACGAGCAAGCGCAACGCCAGACAAGGGAGCCGCACGGGUGUACCAAAAUACGAACUUCUGACCUGGCGCUGCUGCGGGCGAAACACCCAAAUGCCCAGCCAGAUUUUCCGCGCCUAAACGCUUCUGGUGGCUUGCUCACCAUUCUCGCUGACCAGGCACCGCACCACACCUCCCUCACCUCAACUUCUACCUUUUCUCUCCCCUGACCGUUCCUGGCUGAGCGAAGCCCAAUUUGACACUUUGCGAUUCCCCUAUGCUUAAUCGCACACAGGUUUUCAAGACAAACACUUCAAAAAACGCAUGAUUCCUCGCCUCGACAUCGUCAUACCGGUGAUUCCCCGGCUUCCCGCUGCUCACCCGUUCAAGCAAGCAAACGUGACACACGUGCCUGCGACUGUCCCACGAAACUCCCUCUGUUACGCUCAAACAUCGCCAAACUCGCCGCGACACUACUUUUACUAGGCGGAGGCGACUAGCUUGCGUCGUCCGCCUGCCGAUUUCUCACCCCGAGUCACUGGGCGACCUGGUGCACGGAGGUCAGUGAUUCUUUCUUUGCUUCCCAUCUGCACCGUCUGUUCUCCAUGCAUCUCUUCAAUUCGGUGUGGUAUCUUCCCGAUCUCAUCUCUACAAUCGCUAUGCUGGAAUGAUUGAGCGGGAUACUUAGACAUGCCCAUUGCAGCGAGAACCGCGCUCACAAUUACACAGUCGAAGUUCCAAGACAUUUUGAAAUUGCACCCGCAUUCCUGCAAUCACCGCACGCAUUAGCCGGCCAUCGUCCCAGGUCGACUCCCGUCUACCCAGCGUCCCUCGAUUUCUCCGCUUCCCUCAUCAACCACAAUCGAGCAGGGCUUCUUGGCUGUUGGUCAGUCAACCAUUCAACCCACGAGGGUUGCGAGACGUUUCCUCGAAAAUCUAUAUCCUGCCCGAACCAUGCCGCGAUACGACUUUGAAGACGGCCGCGAUGCCGAGCGAGAGCCUCUAGAUCACGCUUAUCGGUCUCAUACUCCCAAUCCCCCAGAGUACUAUCAAGAUAACCAGUACCACCAUGGUGCGCCUCAUGACUACCAUCACGAUUAUGAGUACUCCGACCCCAAUCAUGAUCCGAACCUGGGGCGCAUGAGAGCUGAGCGGAGGAACGAUCGCCAGGGACCACCACCGGCUGCCGUCGGUGCCGUGGGUGGUGCCGCUACAGCGUACGGAGCCCAUCAAGCUGUAUCCCCCAUCGACAACUCUCCUCAAGUUCCGGUGCACCGCGACUGGGGCCCCGAUCGUUAUGCGGCCCCACAACAAAGCAAUCUCAAUCCGAAUAUCACACCUGGGGCGGACAACUUUAGCGAUACGGCAUCAGGAGGUAUGGCUGGUAUUGCUUACACCGUCGCCGAACGUAACGCCAGGGAGAGCGGGAUUGGUGCCAUGAGAAGUGCUGGCCAGAUCCCGCGAGGACAGUCUCAGCAGCCCAGCGCACCACCGCAAGCUUACAGUCAACCGGGAGGCGAAGUAUACGAGAUGAGCAAUGCCGUCUCGCGUCCUUACCAAGGUAGCUACCAGGGCAGUCUUCCGGACCGAGACUCCCACUCCAGCCUGACGGCUCUUGGCGGAGCUGGCGCUUCCCCUGCCAGGCUAUCCCCAUCUUCCAGCCCAUACGGCUACAACGACUAUUACAGCGAAAACCCCUACUACCAAAGACACCCUCAGAACCUUGGCGUGGUGGACCCUAGCUCUAUUGCGGACGAUGGUGAUGAUGGUCUGGACUAUGGCAAGCCCAAAAGUGGACGUAACUCGAUGCUUAGUCUUUCCAACAGCGAUCGGACAGGCAAGACAAAAGCAGCUGGCGCAGCCGGUGCGGCCAGUGCGGCUGCUGCAGGAGGUGCCGCGGCAGGAUUGAUGGCGAACAGAAAUAUCAGUGGCUACUACGACCCCAAGGGAAUGGCCGAGUACCAAAAUGGCAGCGCCAUUGACCUCAGCUCACCAGAGAAGAAAUCGGAGUGGAUGGCGCAGCAAAACAAGGGACGCAGAAAGUGGAAAUGUUGCAUCAUUUUAGGAGUUAUUCUCCUCAUUGCCGGUGCCAUCGCCGGUGGAAUAGCAGGUGGACUUCUUUCUAGAAACAGCCGCGACGGCAGCAGCUCAGGAAAUGGACAAUCAGCAGACGACGACAAGAAUUCCAAUGGCGACCUCAACGCCGACAGCGCCGAGAUCAAAGCAUUGAUGAACAACAAGGAACUGCAUAAAGUGUUUCCCGGAAUGGACUAUACGCCUCUCAAUUCCCAGUACCCCGAUUGUUAUCACAAUCCUCCUUCACAAAACAACAUCACCCGUGAUCUUGCUGUUCUCAGUCAACUGACCAACACUGUCCGCUUGUACGGCACAGACUGCAACCAGACGCAGAUGCUUAUUCACUCAAUUCAGCAACUCAAACUGGAAGGCACAGUGAAGAUCUGGUUGGGUGUGUGGCAGGAUGGCAACAAGACGACCAACGCGAGGCAACUCUCCCAGAUGUGGGAUAUCCUGGAUCAGUACGGAGACAAGCAUUUUGAGGGUCUCAUCGUCGCCAACGAGAUUUUGUUCCGGAAGCAAAUGACCGAGUCGGAACUGGGGUCUCUACUCCAAGAGGUACGAACCAACUUGACCAGCAAGGGGCUGAGCCUGCCUGUGGCAACUUCGGACUUGGGCGACGACUGGACGGCAUCUUUGGCGUCAAAGAGUGACUACAUCAUGGCCAACAUCCACCCGUUCUUCUCUGGGACCAACGCCAAGGACGCAGCGAUGUGGACUUACGCAUUCUGGGAAAACCAAGCCAGUAGCUUCUUCAAGUCGGACAAGAAGAAGAACGUGAUUGCCGAGAUUGGCUGGCCGACCAAAGGUGGCACGAGCUGCGGUGAUGGCACUGCUACCGGCUGCCCCAAUGCCUCGGUUGCCGGUAUCGACGAGCUGAACGAGCUGUUGGACAAGUGGGUUUGUCCCGCUUUGACUAAUGGUACCAACUAUUUUUGGUUCUCGGCCUUUGAUGAGCCAUGGAAGAUAAUGUACAACGAAAAAGACAAGAACUGGGAGGAUCAAUGGGGCCUGAUGGACGUCAACCGCAAGGUCAAGUCUGGCGUCGUUAUACCGGACUGCGGCGGCACGACGGUCUGACACAUUGAUGCCAGAUGACUGCUAUGAGACUUGAUGUAUGGAUGGAUGAAGGAUGAUAGUCAAGCCCUGUGCCUGCUACUUAGCGAUGCGCAGCACUGUACAUGACGGAGUAGUCUGGAGUUUUGGGGACUGAAGCAUGCCCGGCUUGGAAGCUGCCGGCAUCAUUGUAUGAUGUUUUAUACCGUAUAUCACGUCGGUGACAGUUUGAAUGGGUGAUUCCACAUUGUAUUUAGUAUUUGAUCGAUCAGGAGGA